AUGAACUGUUCAGUGUUUUCGAUCAAUUUCCCGGGACAGGUGUUCUUCCCAGGAAGCAUGCAAUACGCGGCAAGCAAAGCCUCGUACUUUGCAGCCUUUGAGAACGAGCUUUCCCCGGCAUGCUUCAUUCAGCCAAACAGCACCGCAGAUGUUGCAGAAGUCAUCAAACAAUCUCAGUCGGAUAGAUCGGUCAGCACUGCUAAGCUUGCUAUCCGAAGUGGUGGGCAUACCCCAUGGGCUGGCUCGGCAAACAUCCAAAGUGGGAUUAUCAUUAAGUUGUCAAGAUUGAUUGAAGUCACACUAAACUCAAAGACGAACAUUGUCUCCGUCGGUGUGGGUAACUCAUGGGGUAACGUCUACAAAUUUCUUAGUGACAAGGGACUUGCUAUUGUCGGUGGAAGAGUAUCUACUGUUGGUGUCGGUGGGUUAAAUUUAGGCGGUGGCCUGUCGUUUUUCUCUGCAGAAACAGGAUCCGUGUGUGAUAAUGUGGUGAACUUCGAAGUUGUCCUAGCAUCUGGGGGAAUAGUUCAAGCCAAUGCAACUUCCCAUCCUGACCUUUUCAUUGCUUUGAAAGGUGGAUCCAACAACUUUGGUGUUGUGAAAAAGAUUGACUUUCCGACAUUCGAGCAGGGCCAAAUGUGGGGCGGUUCUAUUUUCUUCGAAAAAUCUGCAUACCCUUCGCUCAUCUAUGCCUGGAUUGGAGGCGGAACAGGAGAGUUGGCCACGGCAAAUCUUUACCAUACAACCCCCAUUGCCGACCCUCCAUCAUUGAGGCCUUUUGCAGAAGCUCAGCCACAGCUCCAGAGUACUCUACGCAACGACUCCUUGCUUGAAUUCACAGAAGAGCAGUCCACCUAUGCUACCAACGGCGAUCGACAAUGGUUCUUCACCACAAGUUUCCGGCUUGACGAGCAACUCAUGCUCGACAUUCAUCAACUAUGGCUAGAUGCAGUCUCAGGCAUGAAUGAGAAAGGCCUUUCAAUUGCUCUUGUAUACCAGCCUGUCAUCAAAAGCCUCAUAUCCAAUUCAUUGAAAGCCGGUGUCAAUUCACUCGGCUUAAAUGUAUCCGAUGGACCUUUUGUUGUUUGCCUUCUGGACGCUGUGUUUAUAGACUCGACUCUCGAUGAUACAAUCUCCGCCGCAAUGCUUAGAUUAGUUGGGGGCAUUGAUACAUUGGCUGCCAAACGAAACUUGAGUUCUGAGUACAAAUUUCUCAAUUAUGCGUUCAAUAGCCAGAGUGUGAUUGAGGGUUAUGAAAAGCAAGUAUCGCCAGAUUGA